AUGCCCAAUGAUGUACUCUGCACAGUUACUGACAUGGAAAAUUGCCAUAGAAAAGACACCAGUACAGACUAUAAACAGAGUUAUAACAUUGAAAUUUCAACCGCCGUGUAUAGUGUGGUUAGACUUGAAAACAAUGCAGAAAAGACAAAGGAUUAUGAUAUUGUUAAUGUGAAACAGGACUGCGUGACAAUUCAAAUAAUGAAAGGAGGCAUUUAUACGUUGAACAUACACAUGAGUGGAGAAAGGGUGAUGUGUAUUGGUGAUGGUGCAGAUAGUAAAAAAUGUAAAAUUGUUGUCAAUACUUAUGUUGAUACAAAUCAAAUCAAUUUACUUUGUAAAAACAUUGUUUUGGCAAAAAAAAUAUUAAUUACAUUUGAAGCAACACAAAUGUAUAUUGAAAUGGUUGAGAAGGGCAUCUUAAGAGUGGAACAAUAUGCAUCUUUUGGAUCACUUUUGCUUGUAAAAAUUCACACAUUUAUGCAUUUGAAUCGUUUGAUACUUCACUCUUACAAUACAUGGGUGGUGAAAUUGUAUUUGAUGCAUCAGACAAUCAGGUUGUUUUGA